AUGGUUGUCGGAGAUCCAGAUGCGUUUGCACGCAAGAUGAAAAAGUUUACACGGGAUGGUGCAGACCAGCUGUUAGUGAUCGCCGACUUUGAUCGAACGCUCACGCCGUAUUACAAGCAGAAUAGUAAUCCUCACGGACCACUUGAACCGGAAAGCAGUAGUCAUGGACUUCUCAUGACUAGCACUGUACUCCAUCCACAGAUCUGUAAAGGGGAGCAAGAGCUGUUUGCACGGUUUUACCCCGUAGAAAUAUCUCCUGUAUUGUCAACGUACGAGAAGCUGCCGCUGAUGGUAGACUGGUGGAAAAGUGCGCACCAAAUUUUGGUCGAGUAUAAAGUGACCAAGAAGCAAGUGACACAAGCCGUGGCUCUUGGAUCCUUGAGUUUUCGUCAGGGCUUCCAUUCGCUAUCGAAGCUACUGUAUGACCAAGAAGUACCUAUAUUGAUAUUCUCAGCCGGACUCUAUGACGUGAUCCAUGCUGCUCUUGAGCAAGAAUUUGCUGCAGAGAAAAACCGCACUAGUGAAUUUGGUGUUAUGAAGGGGAAUAGCAAAGUGUCGACACCUAGCAAUAUGCACGUGGUAUCCAAUAUGAUGCGAUUUAAUGCCGAAGGAGUUAUCGAAGGCUUUGAUGGUAAACUUAUCCACUCGCUUAACAAAACUGCGCGCGUGCUACUGAACUCAUCAUUUUGGAAAGAGCACCAUCUGGGGAGGCGUCGCAACGUGCUACUCUUAGGAGACUCGCGGGAUGAUGUCCGCAUGGUCGAGGGUUUGGACGCUGAAGAGAUCAUUCGCGUUGGUUUUCUCAACGUGCAUGUGAGUGAGAAUCUGGAUGAAUAUUUGGACCUGUACGACAUUGUUCUUACCCAUGAUGCAAGUCUCAUCCCGGUGCAGAUGCUGGUUGAGCUCAUCACGGCAACGACAACUAUCUACAAAUCCUUAUAG